GAGACGCUCAACAAACUCAAGCUUGAGGCCAUCCAGUGCGAGCCCUGCGUCUGGGUCAUCAGGGGCGACGGCGGCAAGCUGAUCGGCAUGGUCAUUGUACAUGUAGACGACAUGAUGAUCGCCGGAGGCCCCACCAGCAAGUUCCCCCUGCAGAAGCGGAGCGAGAUUCAACGAGCUUUCGAAUGGACACCCUGGGAGAGCAAGGCCUUCGUUCAACGUGGAGUCAGCAUCCGCCAGAACGACGAUUUCACGCGCAGCCUCGCCCAGGACACCUCCUGCAGGAACGUGGAGCCGAUCCCUGUCAAGCGCGGCAAGAAGCCUACAGAUGGAAAUAUCAACGAGCUCACCCGCACCACGAACGACGCUGCUGACGUCAUCAUGGUCAUACCUGCGAUCGAGAAGCUGGCACUUGUUGGCUGGGGCAACGCCGCCUGGGCCGCCCGGAUCACAGGAGAGUCUCAAGGAGGCGAAAUGAUCGUGCUGGCACCGCUAUCUUUCCUGGAGGGCUCUACCGAGACGGUGGCGCCGAUUUCCUGGAGGUCAUGCAAGCUACCACGAGUUGCCAGAAGCAGUGCGAGUGCCGAGGUGCAGAUGAUGAUGGAAACGCUCGACGAGAUCAGCUACGUACGACUGUUCAUCUACCAGCUAGAGUGCGGCCACGUGGACUACACCAACAAGCGGGCCGUGAACGAUGCCAUCGCAACCUGUCCUGGAGUCCUGGUCACAGACGGGAAGUCUGGGUACGACGUCAUCGAGAAGAGCGAGUCUGCUGGACUGGGCCUACGAGACAAGAG